CAUCUGAGCUGCAGUGUUAAAUAUAACAACUAUCAGUUGUCCGUUUUCGUCUCACAGAAUGCUGUCCAGGUAGAAGAUGAAGCCAAACUGAUUCAGAUUCGUGAUGUCGUACAGCAACUCCCCCCUCCUCAUUAUCGCACGUUGGAAUAUCUGAUGAGACAUUUAGCCAAGAUUGCUUCGUGGGGAAGCCAGACUGGGAUGACUCCCAAAAACGUUGCAAUUGUCUGGGCACCCAAUUUACUUAGGUCAAAAGAAAUGGAAGGAGGGGGAGGAGCUUGUGCCCUUCACGUGGUUGGAGUUCAGGCAGUUUUAACGGAAUAUCUCAUCAGAUAUGUAGAGAUUAUUUUCAGUGGAAAACGUCCAUCUUUCCAAGAACAACCAGAAGAAGCGCCACGAAGACCACGACGACCAAAAUCAUUAGCUAUUUCUUCUCCUACCAAACUUCUGUCUUUGGAGGAAGCUCGAACAAGGGUCCUGGCUGCCAAUAUCCUUGGAACGGAGCAGAAGUACAUAGACGUUGGGGGAGGACCAGAAAAGUUGCCUGUAAAAUAUCACACGGUGAUAGAGUUACCCUCAAGCAAGCGUAGUGGCACCAAAUUGAAAAAAUCUCCUUCGGGGUGGAAGUCGUUCUUUUCUCGAGGCUGGCAAUCUGGUAGUACACGAGAAAAAGACUGUGGUCGAAGAGGGUCUCUCAAACUACGUAAAGGAAGCACUGGCUCACUUCAGCACGCUCAGUUUCCACUGCAGGAAAAAGUCAUCACGGAAGCAGAUUUAAUUCACACUCGACGGAUAAAGUUGAGAACAGUAAAAAGUGCAGAAUCUCUGGUCUCGUGCGAUACGUCAUGUCGGAGCUCUUCUGCGUUCGAAUCCACAGGCCCGACCGAAGGAAGUCAAAAUAAUGAAGCCGGCCAGUCUAGCCUUCUUGAAGAAGACUUUUCUUCCCAUUCUCAAAGCCUGAACAACCAUGUUCGUUCUUCUUCUCACGAGUCUUAUUUUGACCUAAGUUCAAAAGAAGAAAGUCCUCCAGGAGACACUGCUAUGGAUGAUAAAAGUUCAGUUCAAGCCAGUCUUCAGACUGUUAAAAAGUCACCCGAGAGUGACGAUUCCUUCGCCUCAUUUGAACACAUAUUUGAAAGUUUUAUGGAUAGUGAUACUAUUGCUUCUUUUGAUGGUUCGUGGACAAACUUUUCUCAAGACGAUACAAAACAUUUAUCAUCCGAUUCCAAUAAAAUGACACGUAAACAGAAACUAAGAAGUUCCGACAGUGACGUGUCAAGUCCUAAAGUCCAGAAACUAAGUUUGAGACAUUUUCGUCAAGCCUUUAGUUCACCUUCAUUUAGCUCUCCUAACGAAACACAUAAACGUUCAGAAUGGACUUUGUUUGUUAAAGAAAAAGAUCGAGACGCACUGCGAGGAAGUUUCCAUCGAACAAGAGAAAAAAUCGUUCAUGUUUUGACACCCGAUUCUGUACAAAAGAAAUUGUUUUCUUUGUUGGAGGAUAAGCAAGCUUCUUUGAAAAACGAUAAAUCUCGGUCAGAUAUUAUGCUUCAUCCUUUUCCACCCGUUCACUUGGAGUCAGACACCGAAAACUUACCUAGCAGAAAAGUGAAAUCGUCAUCUGACCUUCGAAUUUCUGCCUUAUCAUGCUGUAGUGAUACGUUAAGUACUCAUUAUUGUGGUGAUAUUUUACCUCAAGAGCUUAUCACAGCCGAAAAAUCAGAUAUGCACAUCUUUGAUUUAUGCUUUCAUGAUAAUGACAGUGAGACAGAAGAUGACUGUGUUAAGGUUGUUGAUGAAAUGUUACAAGCAGUAGCUAAAAAAAUAGAAGAAGAAACCUGUGGAGCCAAACUGAUUAUAGAAGAUGGUGUCCCUGAAGAAAACUGUGGAGCCAAACUCAUUAUAGAAGAUGGUGUCCCUGAAGAAAACUGUGGAGCCAAACUCAUCAUAGAAGACGGUGUCCCUGAAGAAAACUGUGGAGCCGAACUGAUUAUAGAAGACGGUGUCCCUGAAGAAAACUGUGGAGCCAAACUCAUUAUAGAAGACGGUGUCCCUGAAGAAAACUGUGGAGCCAAACUCAUUAUAGAAGAUGGUGUCCCUGAAGAAAACUGUGGAGCCAAACUCAUCAUAGAAGAUGGUGUCCCUGAAGAAAACUGUGGAGCCGAACUGAUUAUAGAAGAUGGUGUCCCUGAAGAAAACUGUGGAGCCGAACUCAUCAUAGAAGACGGUGUCCCUGAAGAAAACUGUGGAGCCAAACUCAUCAUAGAAGACGGUGUCCCUGAAGAAAACUGUGGAGCCGAACUGAUUAUAGAAGACUGUGUCCCUGUUGAAGAACAACUUAACUGUGUUCCAUCCUCCGCUGGCCAAAGUGGAAAGAUUCUGUGGACAGAAGAUGAAAAUCAAAAAUCAACUAAGAGUUUGACCACAACAAGAGAUGAAAGUUAUAAUUGCUCAGGUAUGCAGAUAUAUUCUAUAAAUGAAGUCUGCUCAUUUGAUAGUGAAUUAGAAGAAUUAAACUCUUCCAUUUCUCACUGUGAUGAGGAUAGUAAGGCGCUCGUGGAAGAAACUACAAAUACACAGAAGAGUUUCAACCAAUCUGACAUAAUGACAUCUGCAAAAGAUGAUGUCUUCUGUGCUAUAAAGCAAGAAUUAAACAUCUUACCCCAGCAUAUUCCAUUCUCUAAGCAACAAGAUACAUCCCGAGAAUUCCCAGAAUCAAGACUACCUGAACAGCGCACGUCUCUCAGUCGUACAACUGAAAGUUUCCUCAUCCCACAGCUAGAGGACAUGGAGAGUGAAACUUUGGAUGAGGAAGGUGGAAAUGAAUUAAAUGAUUUAUCAAAGAAAUAUAAAGGAUUUCGUAUAGAAGAUGACUUUAGCCAAGGUUCUCCAGAUGUAUUUGUAGACGUUAUUUGUGAUCCAGUUCCAUCGGAACAGAAACGGUCCAAUGAAAAGCUUAGAAAAUCUUUAAUAAUACAAAAUGGCCGACUUUACCGUACCAUUGAAAAAGAUGGUGAUUCUGAUAAGAGUCUAAAAGUACACUCGUUGCCCGACUCCCAAAAUGGUAAAGAUGCUGCAUCUGUUGCGCCCCUUAAUUACCCGAAAUUUCAGAGAGUUUGUGAUGCAUUAAACAGGAAAAGUUUUCUUGACAUAACUGAGCAAAACAGUAAGAAAGAUGUUCCAUUAGAUUACAACAGAAGUUCUCCUACAUGUAAGUCUUCUCAACCUAGUCUGUUUACACAGCUCAAGGUACUGAAACUCCAAGCCUUCCAAUCACCAGAAAUGUCUAAAGAAUCAAUUCCCUAUGAUCCAUGGUCGGAUCCAAUAUUGGACAGUGUGGUUGACCCACAAGACAUUUGGGAAAAGCAAAUUUUUUCUUCGUCUUCCACACCUUCACCAUCUCAAGAUGACAUCGGUGAACAACCAUUAGAUAUUUCUAAAGUUAAUAUAAAUACGACUCGCGAUCACAGAGAUCAAGAAUUGUCAUUACAGCUAAGAAUGGAUGCUUCUACAUCCAAAGAAGAAGAGGAAACCCUAGAAAGGUUUCCUAAGACAAGCACACCGAUGUUACUUCCAGCUGAAUAUCUUUUAAGUUCUCCCAUACAAAGUGUGAAGUCUCCGAAUAUGACUUCAGUCAAAAGUUUAAUUUCUUUUGACGAAAAUGAUAGAAGGGAAAGAAUUGACCGCUACAAAGAAGAACGGAGGGCCCAGCUUAGGGAAAGAUGGAAAUCUGAAAGUUUUAAAAAGGAAACUCCAGACAAGAAACACGUGGGAACACGGUGGAGGUCGAGCGUUCCACUUUCAAGAACAGUGGCUAGUUUGAAAGAUCAAGAGUCCAUCAAAGAUAAAAAAGAACAAAGUCACAGUUCAGGAAACUUAAGUGACCCGUCACUAGGUCAGGACAUGAAGGAAGGAUCCGAUGAUGGUAGAAAGCACAGCCAUAUGGAGAGACUCGCCUGUCGGUCUAAAGGUCGGACUGGAAUAGAGGAACAAAACACAUCAUCGUGGCUUACUCAGUUACCUGAUGAAGAAAAGAGUAACCACGGCUCGGACAUCGUGCCAAAAUUAUCAUCAAAAGUAAAAAGUGACUGUGGUUUAGAUAUUUCGACAGAGGAAAAUACACUGUAUCAAAGUUAUGUACCUAAUCAAACUCUUGUGCACAAACACAAGGAUUACUGCAGUUUACGACCAGAAACGUCUGUGUAACAGGAUUCAGCUCAGUUUAGAUUUAUAGCAACUUGUGUUGAGUUUAGAAAAAAACUAAUUAUAAUUUCUUUAUGAAAUCAAGCAUAAGCUACGAGAGAAAAAUUUAUUCUAAAGUUGUGAAAUAUUAACCGAUCCAUUUCAUGCAUUUCUUUUCGGCUCUGGCUGUCAUUUCGUACACUUGCAUGUUAGUGGUUUGUAGCUCGCAAACGUCAGAGACAUUUGAUGAAUUUACACAAUUUUUAUAUGCGUAUUCCAGUUACAGUUUGUUGUUGUUUACAAGAAAGUUGUAAUUUGUUUUUAUGACUGUUUAUUUUUUGUGUAACUAUGUAUAUAUAAAACUAUUCUAUAAUACAAUUACUAGAAAUGUAUUUACCACUGCAAAAAUUCUAAUAUUGGUAAGACAGGUUCUGACAUAGCCAUAUUGAAACAUAGCUUUUAAUUUCUGGAAUUACAGAACUCCAAGAAUCUAUUAACGACUCUUCAACGGAUGGAUUGUGAAUUUUUAGAUCGUUUCAUCAAAGCACUAUUCGAGAUGUUUUGCCUCACUGUAGCGAUAACUCCUGUUUCAGUUUUAACGAUUCAUCAUAAGUCACUCAAAUGUAGGUUGUCAACACUAAUAUUUUUUUUUACACACUUUAUCAUUCUUUAUUAUCUACUGUCCGUUUUCAGUAACUUAUAGUAUUUUGUAUAUUUAUUGUAAAACACUUGUAUAUUUUGAGUGUCAUAUCAAAGGCACUGACAACUCUUGUUAAGAGGCUACAAGAUAUUUGAAUGUGAUACGGAGCAUGUGGAACUCUCCAACCAGUGAAGUUAUUUUACACGAGGUUUCUGUAUAUAUUGCUAGAAAAAUUACAUACGAUUGUUACAAUGGCAUGUACAGCAUUAUUAAAGUAUUUCCUUUUUCAUA